GGGCUGCCGGGGCUGCUGUCCAGUAGCUGGGCCCGUCGCGUUCUAGGUCUGCUUGGCUUCGUGCUGCUGCUUUCGUGGUACGUAGGCGGGCGGGCAAGACGGACGGGCUCCGGGACCGGGCCGGGCCUGCACCUGCUGCCCUGGAGCUCGGGCCCCGGCGAGCCCCGUGCCGCGGCGUCGCAAGCCUGCGUGGAGGCGGCCACCCGCACGUGGCGGGCGCUGCAGGAGCGCGGUGAGGCGGUGCCGCUAAGCCCCCGGUCCCCCGACAGCGCCGCGGCCUCGGACCCCUUCUCGGCCGCGCCUCCCGCCCUGGUGGGUAACGGCUUUCUGGCUCUGGACGUGAGCCGCAACCGACUGUGGGUGACGCCCGGCGAGCGGCAACCUCCCGUGGCUCCGGAGCUGGCACCCUUCGUGCAGCUGCGGCCGCUGAGCGCUCAGGCUGAGGCGGGCGCCGCGGCGCUGCUGCUGCGCCAGGGUCUAGUGCGCCGCGUGCGCUGCCUGCAGCCGCCGGAGCCGCCCCCCGGGGCCGGGCCCGGAGCGGCGCCGGGGGCCGGGGGGCCGGCGCCGGGGACCGGACCUGGGGCCCAGUGCGUGCUGCUGCAGGAGGACUUUUUGGCGCACCGCGCGCGCCCCCAUCUCUACGUGCAGCGCAUCCACAUCCACAACCCCACGGAGCGUGUGGCAGCACUCUGGACGGUGGGCCCCACUCCAAGGCCUCCCCUCAAGACUUUUACCAGCACCCUGGAGAAGGCCGGCGACCACCAGUUCCUGCUCCAUUCGGGACACUCGCCUCCGUUGCCCAACGGCAAGGUCAGUCUGGUGGUGGUGGCUGCCAAGAAGCUGGUGGACUUGCUCCAGGUGGCCCCCAAGUCCCUGCUGGAUGAGGCCGUUCUUUGGGUGGUCUACAUCUCAGAGCCCUUGGACCUGCGGGCCCUGAAGGCCAAGGGGGCUAAGGAGAUGAAAGAGCUGAAGACUCUUCAGGACAUGGCUCGCAAGGAGAUAUUGGAAUUAAUGGAGAUCCCUGUGGUUGAUCUCCUCCAGGACCACCAGCAACUCUGGGCUCAGCUCUUUGCCUCAGGGGUUGAAAUGAAAAAGAUCAAUGAUGCUCAUACACCAUCUAGCCUGACUGUCAACUUGACACUGUACUACAUGCUAUCCUGCUCUCCAGCCCCCCUACUGAGUCCCACCCUGAGCCGGUGGGAACGAGACCAAAUGGAGUCAACUCUGAGUUAUGAAGACCAUUGCUUCAGUGGUCAUGCAACCAUGCAUGCAGAGAACCUUUGGCCAGGGAGAUUGUCCAGCGUUCUCCAGAUCCUGCAGCUCUCUGAUGUGUGGAAAUUAACACUCCAGAAACGGGGAUGCAAGGGACUGGUGAAAGUGGGGGCCCCUGGGAUUAUGCAAGGAAUGGUGCUCAGCUUUGGGGGUCUGCAGUUUACAGAAAACCACCUUCAGUUCCAGGCAGAUCCUGAUGUGCUCCACAACAGCUACAUCUUACAUGGGAUCCACUAUAAGAAUGAUCAUAUCAACUUGGCUGUCCUUGUGGAUGGAGAGGGAAAGCCAUUCCUACAUGUGUCGGUGAAGCCCCACAGCCCACCCACCAAGAUCUAUGCCUGUGAGGCUGGGUGCCUAAAUGAGCCCGUGGAGCUGACCUCAGAGUCCCAAGGCCACACUUUUCCUGUCAUGGUGACCCAGCCUAUCACACCCCUCCUCUACAUCUCCACAGAUCUGUUGCACUUACAAGACCUGAGGCACACCCUGCAUCUGAAAGCUAUUCUGGCCCAUGAGGAGCACAUGGCCAAACAGUACCCCGGCCUGCCCUUCCUCUUCUGGUUCAGUGUGGCUUCACUCAUCACACUGUUCCAUCUCUUUCUGUUCAAACUCAUCUACAAUGAAUACUGUGGGCCUGGAGCCAAGUCGCUCUUCAGGAGUAAGGAAGAUCCCAGUGUCUGAGUGAGUUAACAGUACCGCUUUCAGCCUCCAUUUGCACAAGACACCCAGCACCCGAAAAGUCCUGCUGCUUCGAACAAGGGACCUUUUGAAAGCAACAACCCUAUUGUGCCUUGUUGGGGGAAACCAGUGACUCGGAAGUGUUUGUGGCUGUUGAGGAGUUUUACUCUGGAAUGAAUGAGUGUCACUUUGGGAAUGAGGGAGGGAGAGAGGCCAUGUUGACUUUUUGUAAACUUCCACCUUAAUAAAGUGAACCUAUUUGGAAAUUACUUGAAAUUGACCUUACUCCUUCAACUUUCCCCCUUUUUUCUCUUCAAGGAAGAGACCACCUUCCUUUGUCCUCCACCUCCCUCCCCCACCUCCCUACCCCCACCUUCCCUUUCUCCUUUUUGGAAAUCUCAGCUAGAAAAACUCCUUUUUCCUAAUUUAAUGUCUUCUACCUUGAAUGAACUUUUAAUUUAUUUUUGCUUGGGAUUUUUGAAUGAUUUCAGCCUCUACUUUAGACAGCAAAUCACUGAAAUGAUUUUGGAGCUGAUUUGCCAUUGGGGAGCUCAGCUGUGUGUUUCCAGUGUGGUUCAUUCAGGGCCCAGUCAGAGGGAGUCUCCCCAAGGGCAGAAGGAUACACAUAGCCUGAACUGGAAGACGUUACAUUACUGGGUUAAAUUGGAAGUGCUGUUUCUUAGCCUAUGGAGAUUUGUGUGUUUUUGUAUUUUCAGGCUGUUUGGGGAUGGGCAUGGGAGGGGAAUUAUUGGGCUUUCUAGUGACCAAUGAUUGUUGAGUUUUCAAAUACCAAAGCUUUUUUGUUUUGUUUUUAAAUAAAUACCUUUAAAACAUA